UGCUCCCUUCCUUACAGCUGCACUUCUCUUCCUUCUCCUCUUCCUGCAGCAUCCCGCCCUCUACAGGAUAUGAGAUAAGCGCUACUACUACUACCACCACCACCACUACUACUACUACUACUACUACUACUACUACAUACAUCUACUACUACUACUACUAUAUAUUUCAUCACCCUGUCCUUGGUUCUUCCCUACAAUCGACGGGUGUAAAGAAGAAAAUAAAGGAGAAGAAGAAGAAGAAGAAGAAGAAGAAGAAGAAGAAGAAGAAGAAGAAGAAGAAGAAGAAGAAGAAACAUGGAGACAAGAGAAAGCGGCGCCAUGGAAGAGGCAGAGCUGGGGUGCAGUGUAUGCCACGAGCGUUAUGACGAGAACCGCUGCCCCAAGAACCUGGGCUGCGGCCACGCCGUGUGCUCCCUCUGUGUACAGCAGAUCAUCAACAGUGGCCGCAAGUGUCCCGAGUGCCGCCGCCCAUUCUAUGCCACCACCGCUGCUGCGCUGCCUGUCAAUUACCCGCUGCUGAGGCUGUCCCGCGCCCUGGCCUCUGUCAACCUUCAGCGGGGACAGUCGGAGACACCCAGCCCCGCCCCAGGCCCCACCCGCAACCAGAACGACGCCGGGGAGUGCGCCGCCCACCUGGCCCGCCUUACGCAGCGUUGCAUGACCUGCCGCGUGUGGGUGUGUAGGGAGUGCCUGCUGAUGGACCACACGCUGCCGCCCGAGGGCGCCUGCCGCCUGCUGUCCGUGCGACAGGCCAUCAAUGAGAUGAAGAAGACCCACGUGGAGACCCUGGCGGCCAAGGUGCUCUCGCUGCGAGAACUGAAGGCCUCGGCCGCGACGCAGGGCGGCUGUGUGGAGGCCAACCGGAGGAUCCGCAACGCCGUGGCCGCUACCCUGCAGGCUGCCGCCCGUGCCGAGCUGGACGCCGUCAAGGAGUUGGACACCAAGAAGAAGGAGGUGGAGGACAAAGUGGCUGAGAUCGACGUGUGGAUGCAGGGGCUCCGAGAGAAGGAGUCAGCCAUCAUGCAGGCGAGCACCGUGCGGGAGCUGGCCACAGCGGCACUGGCGGCUCGCGAGUGUGUCACCACAACGGAGGCGCGGGCAGGGCGGGAACGAGAGCGGCAGGCGAGAUUCGUGGGCACCCAACUACGUCUUGGUUCAAUGGACCUGCGGGGGUCGCUGCAGCUGGCUAAGACCAUGUACGUGGCACACGAAGCUGACGAUGGCCAACGCUGGGCACGACUCAGCGUGCACGACUCUCUGCUGCAUCUUCAUGCCCUCCAGUCCUCGCCUCCGCCAGCUUCCGCUCCUCUUUUCUCGUUCAGCAGCGUGCGGUCACUGGUGGCGCGGGAGUGUGCCUUGGCCUUCCUAGAGCUGGGGUGGGAAGGGCACAGCCAAGGGCGCGUCUAUCUCACCAUGAUGGGAGACUCGGCGAGGGCAAGACAGUUCCUGCAGCUGUGUUCUGGCGAGGCAGGGCCCUGCUACCGCGGCACUUGCAUGUUUGAGGCGGAGCGGGUGGGCGGGGAGGGAGAGAUCAUCCGUGGCGGCGACUACGAGAACAACGACGGCACGGGCGGCGCAGCGUUGGUGGAGGGCGUGGCCACGGGCGGGGAGCACCUGCACGAGGCAGUGUCCGGGCUGCUGGUGGGCGCCCACUCCAACCAACGGCACCGCCUGGCUGUGUUCGGCGUGAUUCUCAGCCCAUGGUCAAACCAUAAGACAGAUACGGCCUUUGGCGCCGUGACGAGCGGCCUGGCCACGCUGCGAGCAGCGGCCAGGCACCGACCCGUCACGGAGGUGCUGGUGCUGGACUGUGGCCUCAUGUUUCCCCUCUGAACACACACACACACACACACACAAGCCAAUCUGGAAAGAACUGGUUAUAGGAUAAUAAAUAUUUGAAUACC